AUGGACUCCUUCCGCCGAGGCACAGAAGUGGCACCCUUUCUCAAGAGUCUGCGGCAGCUUCUCACCACAGAAGACCCGGCUGUACACGUGCUGCCCAAGUACUUCAAGCACAGCAAGUACACGAGCUUCCAGCGCCAGCUCAACUAUUUCAACUUCCGCAAAUGGACGAAGUCCAAAGCACUUGUGUGCACUUUUUCCAACCCGUUCUUCCAGCGCGACCAGCCGGCGCUGGCGUGGCGUAUUAUACGCAAGAGACCCGAGAACCUCCGAAGUAGCAGCAGUGUUGCCAAGACGAAGAGAGCGAUCGCCAUCGACGUACCGUCAGGCGAUGCCAGCAGCCCCGGGUCGUUUCCGUCACCCACGGAUGCGUACUCGAUAGCGGACGAGCUUGCUCUCUUUCGCGAGGCUCCCUUCCACGAGCCAUUGACAAGCGAUCAGGACGAGCAAUCAUUGGACUGGGUAGACGUGCUGUACUCAUCACUCCAGUCGCCACUACUAAUGGACAAUGCUACGGGUCCAAUGUGCCGCGACUAUCCGUCCGAGUGCGCCGAGUUGUGA